UGCUGCCGAUCCGGAUCCGGAUCCGCCCAGCUCGGCGUCACGGCACCGACAAGAUGGCCGAGAUUACGGGUCGAAAGUGAGGGAGAAAACAAAAACAUCUGUGAUCUGUCCCCCCCACCACCACCCCCUGCUGAAGAGGCCAGAUUUCUAAGCGGUGCAGAGGGCUGAGAUAAAGCGCUGGGAGCAGCCCGGCUCUUGUUUUUGCCGGAUGCAAACACAGUGCGCUCCGCGGCGGCGCGCGCAGGGACCGUUUUAUCGGAUCUUCUGGGAGCUAACCUGCUAACCAUGUCUGCUAGCUGACAGCAUCGAGACGCUGUGCGAUCACAUAGUGACACUUGGACUGCUCAGAUAUAAAUAGCCUUUUCUCCUAAAUAAACUAUAGCGGAUACGGCUGACUACUGCGGCUCAACUUUCCGAAGUCAUAAAUUGGAUUUAACGCUUAGCUAGUUGGUUAGCAUGCUAAUAUUGCGGAUUUCUUGUUUGCAGCUAGCAUCAGCGUUAGUAAACGUUAGUUAGCUGUGUUUUCCUCCCUUUCUUAGGGCUGUUUUGUUAAUGUAAAUAUAUAAAGAGUGUUUUUAAGGACGGGUCGCUGUUUAAAAGCAGCGGAAACUUCUCUUUAGAUUUGGAUUGCCAGGAAUCCUACUGGAUUAAUAGCUUUGAAAGCACCACAGCCGGGGCGAUCUAAGCCCCUUCGUUCCUGGACGAGGAGCAAACCCGAUCUUCUUCAUUAUGGCGCAUUCUCCCGUUCAGGGUAACCUGCCGGGGAUGCAGAACGUCAGAGUGGACCCCGAGGAGCUGUUUACCAAGCUGGAGCGCAUUGGGAAGGGUUCCUUUGGCGAGGUGUUCAAAGGCAUCGACAAUCGUACGCAGAAGGUGGUGGCCAUUAAGAUCAUAGACCUGGAGGAAGCAGAGGAUGAGAUAGAAGACAUUCAGCAGGAGAUCACGGUGCUGAGCCAGUGCGACAGCCCUUUUGUUACCAAGUAUUACGGCUCAUACCUGAAGGACACAAAGCUAUGGAUCAUUAUGGAGUAUUUGGGUGGGGGCUCUGCCUUAGAUUUGAUGGAGCCCGGCUCUUUAGAUGAGACCCAGAUUGCCACAAUCCUCAGAGAAAUCCUAAAGGGUCUGGAGUACCUGCACUCAGAGAAGAAGAUCCACAGAGAUAUUAAAGCUGCCAAUGUGCUGCUGUCCGAGCAAGGAGAGGUGAAGCUGGCCGACUUCGGCGUGGCCGGCCAGCUCACGGAUACUCAGAUCAAACGCAACACCUUUGUCGGGACGCCAUUUUGGAUGGCCCCAGAGGUGAUCAAACAGUCCGCUUACGACUCGAAGGCCGACAUCUGGUCACUUGGAAUCACUGCGAUCGAGCUGGCGAAAGGGGAGCCGCCCCACUCGGACCUCCACCCCAUGAAGGUGUUAUUCCUCAUUCCAAAGAACAACCCGCCCACGCUGGAGGGCAACUACUGCAAACCUCUGAAGGAGUUUGUCGAGGCCUGUCUCAACAAAGAGCCCAGUUUUAGGCCGACUGCCAAAGAACUGCUGAAGCAUAAAUUAAUUGUCCGCUAUGCGAAAAAGACGUCAUACCUGACGGAGCUGGUGGACAAGUACAAGAGGUGGAAGGCUGAGCAAUCUAGAACUACAGAGUCCAGUUCAGAUGAGUCGGACUCAGAACAGGAUGGCCAGGCGUCAGGCGGGAAUGACUUUGGCAGCGAUGACUGGAUCUUCACCAUUCGAGAAAAGGACCCUAAGAAACUACAGAAUGGAGAAGGCCAGUCAGGGGGGGCGGACCAGACGAAAGACAUUCCAAGGAGGCCUUAUUCACAGAGCCUGACCACGGUCAUUUCUCCUGCAUUAGCCGAGCUGAAGGCCCGACAGGAGCAGGUGAAUGGAAACCCGCUGGUUCUGGAUGAGCUCAGAGAGGCCAUCCUGCUGGCUGAAGAGGCCUACCCUGGCAUCUCUGACUCCCUCGUGGCUCAUAUGGUGCAAAGGCUCCAGAGGUAACGGCUUUAUUCAUGCUAAAAUAGCAUACAGCUAAAAAUAACCAUCUGCUCCACUGGUGACUUUAUUUUAUUUUUACAGUUUUUCCACAAGCAGAAGAUCCUCUUCCUCCCCCUAGAGAUUGGCUGUCUACCCCGAACCUGCUCUCCCAGGUCCCCCACAUCCCAUCAACACCCUAUCCAAGACAGAGGGUUAAACGUUGAGGGUCAAGUCAUUCGAUACCAGCUGGCUGCAUUUGACCUCCAUGUGAGGGGCGCUAACUUAGCCUGUUAUUUAAAAAAAACACAACAAAAAAGACUCAACUCCACAGCGGAGAACAGAGACACUUUGCCGAGCUUCUUUUAUCCAUUAACGAGAGAAGAUGUUUGGAAGCUGUGACGAUACAGCAGCGGGGAGGAAAAAAAAAAGACUCAAAGCGAGAGCGACCAGCUGCAAAAAACAGCAAUAGCCAAGUCUAUCAUGUGACGCUCCUCAAGCCUCACAACAGUCUCUGCAUGGAUUUUGCUGGAUGAGGAGCUGAAAGUCUCCCUCGAUUCCCUAACAGGACUUCAGUCCCUCCCCCUUCUCUUAAUGCAGGCGUCAUAUCCCCCAGGAGCCUAUGAGAGCAUGCUUGAUGAACCUGCAGGGAUGUUAUCCAAGUGUACAAGCCGUGUGUAUGUGUGCGUGCGUGCAUAUGUAUGUGUGCGUUUCGUUUCGUGUGUAAACCUCCCUGUUUAGGCAAAUUGCAGCAUCCUUAAAGAAACCUCAGGUAAAGUGCUUUAAGUGGACUUUGUCCUCCGAGGCAGGAGGGGGCGCCAUGCUGUACAUGACUACAAGUUAUCAUUGCGGUAAAUGAAUCACUGUGUACAAAAUGAUCGACGCGCAUUUUGUAGAUACUGAUUAAAGAUAAAGUAGGUAUUUAAAAACAUCUCAAAGGUAACUCCGACAGAAAAUGCCUUGCCUUUUUCAGCGUUCGCCGCAGAUUUAGUUUUUGUUUUACUCAUCUGUGAGAAUCGUCAGUGUUUUUUCUUUUUUCAAGUGACUUGAGUUCCAGUGUUUCAACUUCCAGCAGAGUAAUUAAGUUAAACUUUAUGAGAAACCAGAACAACUUUUACUUUUUAUUCAUGUUUAAAGAACUGAGAAUUAUAGGACAAAAAUAAAAAGGUAGAUGAACGGGGGAACCACGUUAAACUGAUAACAGUUGAAGUAUUUUCUGUUUUCUUUUUUUUUUUGGUUUAUCAGUAUUUAGAUACUAAAGUGGAAAUGAGGAAAAAAUGGUACAAAAUUAGGAUUGGGCUGGCAUUGGAUUAUUUUGGUAUGAAAAUAUGCUUUUGUUAAAUUAAAAAUCAGAACAAAAUUACUUGCUUUACUUUCAAUUUUUUUUUCAUGUUUUAACAAUAUCAAUACCAUUUGUUUUACUAAUUCAGUGUAAGCUAAAUUAUACAAUACAACUAGCUGACCAUAAGUUCAGCAACAAGUGGGGGUGGGACGUUCCUGAAUUAGUCAGAAGACACCAGAUGCUGCAACACACCCUACUACGGUUAAUAGUGCGACUUUUUAAUUAAUUAAUCCCUUGUUUCUGGUACCAGGCCCGUGUCUAAGCCACAUUUAUUCUGGCCAAAUCAGAACGAGCCUACCUGCAGAGUCCCAUGCCAUCCUCGUCAUCUUCACCUCUCGCUAUAGAAGUGCCAUGUCCUCUCUUACGCUUUCACUAGUAUGAUUUGCACCUUUAUUUUUGUUUUAUUUCUAAUUUUCAGAUCCGUUUUUGUGCACUUUGAAAGUGUAGAGUAUUUAAAGACUCCUGUGAGAGGAAGAAAACUAGAGACAAAACCAGUUGCUAAUAGCCAUGUUUUACUACAUAUGUUUACUUAAGAGUUCCACAAUUUACUACUGUGCUAUUGCAGCAAUAAUGUUGAGGAGUCGCAUCAAGAUGCACUUGUCAAAACAGGGAUUGAGAAAAAUUAAGAAAUAUCUGAUAUUUUUAUAACGGAAAAGAGUUAAGUAUGGAAAUACGGAAUGCUUUAUGGAUAUGGGCAUCUGCCUCCGGCAAAAAAUAUCUAUACCUUUCAGAAGAAAAAAGAAAACAUAUGCUACAGAAAUAACAAAAUGUGUACAUUUGAUUUCCUUUAUUAUAGCUGAUGAUUUAUAGUACUGUAUAUAAUCUUUGCUUGUGUCAUUUGAGAAAUUCCCAAGUUAAAUGUAAGCUUUUAAAGUGACAUGAGAAAUAAAGAUCUAAUGCUAACUGA